AUGGGCUCGGCGGCCGGGAAGUCCAAAGCAGCGGCUCAGGGAGGCUCCCAGGCCCAGGCGGCCCAGGCUGGUGACGAUGAAGGGUCGGACGGAUCCCUGACGGUGUCCGUGGGUUUCAUCGACGGCUCAGAGUUGACGCUGACGCUUCCAGGUGGUGCGCGACAUCCGCGGAUGGGGCCCAGGAGCCUCGACGAGCUGCUCCGCCGGCUUGGAGAGCAGAUGGGCUAUCCCCAACAGUACCUACGUUUGACAUUGGGUUCCCGGACAUUUUCUCAAAAUGAUUGGGAAUGCAGCCUAAAGGAGCUGGGGGUCCAGGAGGGCUCCCAUCUCAUCUGCGUCAAGUCCACGCCGAUGAGCGAGGCGCUUCCGGCCUCCAUCGGCACUCGUGAAAUGAGGACGAGCUCAUCCAGCGAAGCGUCGAAGGUGUCUUUGUACUUUGAGCUUGCAGCUGAAGGCUGGCGGGAUUUUCCCUGGCGCGGACCCGUGGACGUGGCAUUGCAAGCCACGGUGGGAGACCUCUGGGAAGACGCUCAGCACAUCCUGAUGGAAGUCGCAGAGACGGCACCUCCGCCACGACCCGGAAACCCAUACGAUCUGCGAGAGCGGCUCAGAAUGCUCAUGUGGGGAAAACUAUCGUUCAAGCGCUUCCAGCCUGCAGAGUGCCUUACCCUCGUGCACUGCUGCCACGGCAGGCCCGGUUCGACAAGCAGCGAGAAAGUGCUGGCAGAGCUGAGAUUCCCCUCGGGAGACGGAUUGAAGGACGGGGACUGCUUCUCGGUCUACUCGGCCAUGGACUAG